GAAUUGAGUCAUUGAGCAGACAGAGCGCCACACGGAAUUGAGUCAGUGAGCAGACAGAGCGCCACACGGAAUUGAGUCAGUGAGCAGACAGAGCGCCACACGGAAUUGAGUCAGUGAGCAGACAGCGCGCCAGUCUGUGUGGCUGGAGCGGCACUGCAGAGAAUAUACACAGGCUGCGUGUUGUUUUUCCUUCUGCGCGCCAACACCCCGGGAGAAGCCACAACAAAUAGUCCAAACAAAUACGUUUAAUACAGUUAUUAUUGUAAUAUAAGGGCAUCGCAAUUUGUAGCAUACGCAAGAAAGAUGAGUCACGAAUGAGGUCUUCAGGAUGUCGUUCAAGAAGGAGACUCCCCUUGCUAACGCCGUGUUUUGGGCAGCUCGUAAGGGGAACUUGGCCCUGCUUCAAUUACUGCUCAACAGUGGUCGUGUGGAUGCCGACUGCAGAGACAGUGUACGGACACUGCAUGCCCUGGUGGCUCAGCUGCACGCUUUACCCAUAAACCACCUGUGUUUGGCACCACAGCCCUGAUGGUGGCGUCCUACAGUGGCCACUAUGACUGUGCCAGGGAGCUGAUCAUGCAGGGAACUGACAUUAACCUGCAGAGAGAGACAGGCUCCACUGCCCUCUUCUUUGCCUCCCAGCAGGGACACAAUGAAGUAGUGAAGCUGCUCUUUGAAUUUGGUGGCUCAACUGAAUUCCAGACAAAGGACGGUGGCACAGCCCUCUCUGCAGCCUGCCAGUAUGGCCACUCUAAGGUGGUGGACACUCUGCUGAAGAACGGCGCCAAUGUCCAUGAUCAGCUGCAUGAUGGUGCCACUCCACUCUUCCUUGCUUCCCAGGAGGGUCAUGUGACUGUCAUACGUCAACUUCUGUCAUCUGGAGCCAAAGUUAACCACCCUAGGGAAGAUAGCACAGUCCCCCUGUGGAUGGCAGCCCAGAUGGGACACAGUGAAGUAGUGAAGGUUUUACUUCUGCGUGGUGCAGAUCGGGAUGCUGACAGAAAAGACGGUUCAACUGCACUAUUCAAGGCAGCUUUCAAAGGACACAACACUGUCAUUGAGGAGCUCCUCAAGUUCUCCCCUUCAUUGGGCCUUCUCAAGAAUGGUUCCACAGCCCUCCACGCUGCUGUCAUGGGUGACAAUCAUAAAAGUGUAAACCUUCUGCUGGGGGCCAACGCAGACCCCACACUACCCAACAAGAACAAUGAACUGCCAGCAGAUCUUACAAAGAGCAAUCGCAUCCUGAGGGCUCUGCGACCUCACAUCUUAAAUGGAAGUAGUUGAUGACAACCCUAGUUGUCCAUGGUUAGACCAUGACCGCAAACCUUAGACUAUGGUUGUUUUAUGCAGAGAAAUGCACUGAGGGCUCCGAACAACAGAACAAACCAACUAUUAGGAUUCAGUCGCACAACAAUAAUAUUAAUAUGGUGCUUGUUUUCAAUUGCAGCUUCAGACAAUGUUAUUUGGAGUUACCAUAACUGGAUAUAGCUAAAAGGAUGGUUAUAUAUGUAGCCUACUAUAAAAAUGCAUCAGUUUGUGGCAAUAGUUAUUUUGCCAUGUGUGCCCUUAUCUUUGAGGUGUUAUAACUUUGCUGUAUAGUUUCUGUUUCUAAAACGUUUUAUCCCUGGUGCUGUAAUAUUUCUAAAUAUUUAGCCUUUUUUUUCUUCCAUAUUAAUAAAAGUAAACUGUUAAUGUGUUAAAUAAAAUAUGAAUGUGAAUUAACUGUCA